AUGAGCAAGAGUAGACAAACGACUGUGUGUCCCCGUCAACUGUGUGGGAAAGUUGUCUUGAAGGCUAACUUGAAACUCCACCUGCAGCGGCAUGACGGGGAAAAGUCUCUUGCUUGUGAGCUAUGCGCCAGAAAAUUCUUCUCGACAAAAGAACUGCGACAACACGGCUUAGCUCACAUCGGAGAGAAACCACAUAAAUGCUCAAAGUGCCCGGCGCGGUAUACCGCCUUAACAAAUCUCAUCGAACACGAACGUUCCCAUAGCGGCGAAAAGCCGCAUUCCUGUCUCGAGUGCUCCGCAAGUUUCCCGACCUCAUCGAGGCUCGCCAUACACCGACGUAUUCACACCGGCGAAAAACCCUUCGUUUGCGACGAGUGCGGUAGAAGAUUCGUGCAGAGCGGUGAACUCGCCAUUCAUCGGAGAUCUCACACUGGGGAAAAGCCCUACGAAUGCUAUGAAUGCGGCCAACGCUUCUCGCGUUCUAAUGUGCUCAAGAUACACGAACGGGUGCACACUGGAGAGAAACCUUUCGAGUGUCGAACUUGUGGCAAGAAUUUCGCGCACGCCGCCAGUUUGAAGAGCCACGAACUCGCGCACACCGGAGUGAAGCCCUUCUCGUGCAGUUUCUGUCCUAAGACUUAUGUGAGAAGAGAAGUGAUGCGGGCUCACGAGAAGAAGCACAAGGACGGAAAUCGCUCCAUGCUCGCGUGCACAGCGGAGCAAGACCCUUCUUGCUAUGCAUGUCCUGCUCGUUUCACCGCACUUUGCAAUCGCCUAGAGCAUGAGCGUUCCCACACAGGCGAAAGACCUUUCGCCUGUUCUGAAUGCUCCUCGAAGUUCGCGACCUCGUCCAAACUGGCGAUACAUAGACGUAUCCACACUGGGGAGAAGCCAUUCGCGUGCGAUGAGUGCGGGAGAUCGUUCAUUCAGAGGGGACAGCUCAUCGGACAUCUGAGAUCACACACCGGAGAAAAACCAUACAAAUGUUCUCGGUGCGGUGAUUCUUUCAGGCACCCUUCCACGUUGUCUCGGCACGAGAGAGUACACACAGGAGUGAAGCCUUACGAGUGUGCUCUUUGCGGACGACGUUUCGGUCACUCCAGCAGCUUGAGAACUCAUGAGCGUGCGCAUGCCGGUUUGAAGCCAUACAAAUGUGGGAUUUGCUCGAAGCCUUUCGCAAGCAAAUAUAAUAUGAGAGCUCACGAGAAGAAGCAACACAGCUAA